UUGAAAACAGACGUUGUUGACAUGACACCUGCGAACAACCGCAGAGUAAACUAUAACUGACAAGCCUCGGAUAUUGAUGAAGCUUUUAUACGUGUUUUUUACACAGGGGGACGCAAUAUACUGAACAUGGAGUUAUCGCAACUUAUAAAGAAAAUAGGCCACUCUUUGGCGGAGAUAAGAGUCCGAGCAUUGAAGAGCAUCAUAUGCAAGCUGGACCAUUCACUGAUCUCCGUCUCUGACAUCGUCCAAGAGAAGAUGCUGUUUGUGUAUCUGCUUGAAUGGUUCAAUUUCCCUGAGGUGCCAAUGCAGGAGGAAGUUCUUGGGUUGCUCUCAACUUUGUCAAAGCAUCCUAGUGCAGCCCAGAUGCUGAGAGACGUUGGGGCGGUGGACUUCCUCACUCAACUGUCUCCUAAUGUGGAGCCCAGACUGCGAGCUGUCAUCGAUGGAACCCUGGACCAGCUGUUCCAGCUACCUGAGCUACUCCCUAGUCAUAUAAUGGUCUACUCGCAUGGACAGCGUACUACAGCUCCAACAGCACCUGCAGUUGUUCUACCUGAAGAGCAAUUUCCUAAAAUGGGCUUUUUCCACAAAAGCAUACCAAGCCACACAGAUGUACCACCUCAGAAAAUAGCAGUGCACGAGUCUGUGAGAUGCCUCAAGUUUUCUGUGUUUCCAUGGCUGACUUUGACAAACACAGACAGACACAUACUUUCAUCCAAUGAGAGUUCUCUAAGGAGCAGCAACCCCAACUUGGUGCGGACCACAUGUGAACUUCUGUGUGAUGUCAUUAUGCAAGAUUUUCCUGCUGAGAUCUUCCUGCAAAGGCCCAGUAUUAUAAAGAACCUCCUCUCCCUGUUGAGGCUGGGUUCGGGUAAAGGUGAGGCAAGCUACCUCCACUUGCAGGCUCUCUCCUGCCUGCGGCAGCUUUGUGUGGGCCUAAGGAGAAGACUCCGCUUUCAUCAGGAUCCAAGCUUCUACUCUACAAAGCAAGAUCCAGUGUCCCAGAACUCGUCUUUCUCCCACUCCCAAGAGGUGCGGGGGACCCAGCGUUCCCAGGCCUCAUCUCCAGGGGCUGAGUGUUCCCCUCGGCCCUCUGUGGUGGGACGCAGAGGCCAGAGAGCCAGAGGAGACGGCCAAGAUGGAGAUGCAGCUUCCACCAGUGGCAGCUCGCACAGAGGUGGAGCAGCAGUCCAGGCCCCUGGGCAGACGCCCCAGUCACCCGCAGAUGUGGCCCACUUGGAGCUUCCUGACCUGGGUGUAGAAGAUGUCCUGGAGCUGCAGUUACAGCAGCUCACUUUGGCUCAGUUCACAGUGGCCACCAUGGAGCAUGCCAUACCUCUACUUAAAACAGAGGGUUUGCAUGUGUUCCACCGUGUUCUGGAGCUGCUGUGCGAUACCGUCCCCCUGCUCAGGGACAGUGUUUGUGAGCUGGUCUGGGACGAUCGCAGCCUGGUGGGGAUGGAGCUGAAGGAAAAGCUGCGAGGCUGCAUGGAACUGUUGGGGGACAUCCUGAGCUACCAUCAGAGCUUUCCAGCAGACAUUCCCCACAGCUGUCAGCUUCAUCACAGAAUGGCCUACACUGGCACUGCUAUAUUCACCGUUAAACUCCUACAGACCAUCCUCCCUCCUGAAAAGUUUCUUAACCUCACACAGGCUAGUGACAAUCUCCCAGGAAACAUAGCAACAGCUAUUUUCCACCUGUGCUUGGACACGUCGUUUGGAAGUUUAUUACCCAGCAUGCAAGAAACAGCAGUGGCCUACUUGGAGCAGGUGAACUCAGACAGCCACGACCUCUACAGGAGGGUGACACGAGCUGCCCUCUGGAUGGAGUCUACCUGCAACUUCCUCAAGGAAGUGCAAGCUGAGGGAGAAAAGAAUUGGUUGGAGAUACUGGAGCUGGCAGACCAAGCCAUAGACGGCCUUCCAUUUCACCAGCACUUACCAAUCAUCAAGGAAUGUGUGCACAUCUGCUCCUACCUGUGGAAGUUUGACCAGCCCAGCCCCCUCCUCCAAACAGAGAGCCAGAAACUUCUCCUCAAGCUGCUGUCCCAUCCCUUACCGCCUGUCAAGACGGAAACAUACGAAAGCACUUUAAACCUGGUCAAGGGCUGCCUUGGCAUCCAGAAUGUGUCACGACAGGAAGCAGCAGCCUGCGGUGCAGUCAACUUUCUUAUCCACCACAGGGUGCUCUAUGAAAUAAGUGCUUUUGGACUUCAGGAUUCUUCAGAGAAGGUGAACAUUGCUGCCAAGGAUAUCCUGCUAUUCCUGCUCAAAGGACGAUUGAUGAUGACAGCGUCAACCUGGGACAGAUUCAAUGAGGCACUUUACCCGGUCAUGCCCAUAUUACAGGGUUACGCCGGCACUGAAGAGUCACUUGGAAACUGUGUCCUGCUGGUAAGUAAGAUGUCGGACACGGCGAGAGAGAACGUGUUUCCAAGCACAGCCAAGCUGAAAGCGGCGCUCCGACUCCUUUUCACCAAACAACCCACUGUGAGAAUAGCAGCAGUACAACAAAUCCUGCCCCACUUAACCGGCGAUGAUGAUGCUAACACAGCCAGACCAGACCUGGAUCAACCAGUGAUUUCCUGGCUUCCCAAUCUCUUCUGCCUCAGACACCCUUUAGACAUCACACUGGACACCAGCAGCAAGUCUGUCCUCAAGGUGGAGUCGGUGGAGAAGCUGUUUUGUAUCCUGAACUCAGACACCGUCGAUAUCUCCCUGAGAAGAUCGGCCGCAGAGCAGCUGUCUGUCGUGCUACAAGACACAACAAUGCACCCAGUGCUGAAGAAUCUUGGAAUAGCAGACAAAGUCAUUUCUUUCAUUAUGGGGAGUGUAAACGGCAACAAGAGCUUAGAUUGCCUGCUGGAGCCUUGUGUAUGUAUCCUGAGGAAGCUGGUGUAUGCUGAUCCAUCUCUGAGGCACAGUCUGGCACAUCGCAACCUCCUGCUCCUCACACUGCUCAGAGCAUCCUUGAUAUUGAAGGAGAACAAAGGCAAUGGCAGUGAGGUAGCUGUCCUGAUGAGUUUACUGCUGUUUGAUGAGAUUGCCAGCAUUGAAAUAUGGUCGGACAACUCCAACCCAGAUGUGACCCUCACGCCGUUCUCCCUGCCACUGUCAGUAAUCCGCAGGUACAACAUCCCAUUUCAGGCAGCGACUCAUCACGCUGUCAGCCCAUACUGCUGCGUCCUGCCCCCUUCCUCUGACCUGCUGACCUUAGCACCUGCCCGCCAAGCCCUGCAGGUGGCCUGGAACACUGCUUGGCACUCUGGGAUGGACGGCCUCCUUCAAGAGCUGCAUGGCGUCUCUACUGAUGAUGCUGAAUUUCAUCCUGACUUAAAGCUGUCAGAAGCACAGGUUCUGUCACUGCAGGCAGUGCGCCUUCCUACUGCGCUGCAGGACUGCAUCAAGGCCAUCAUCACAGCAGCAGGACACGGCUCUGUGACCUCUGCCCUCUCCAGGCUCAGCCUCUAUUUACUGAUUGACCGACUGGCCCUCCCUCACAUCCCCACCCACACCUGCAGAGGCACCCUUCACUCGCUCAGCUGGCAGGCAGCAGUAACCAGGUUUCUCCAGGUGUGUCCAGCCUGUGUCGAGGAUGAGAGGUUGCUCGUGGGUAUUGUUGCAUUUUUGAAUGCCUACUUCAAACAGAUGCACACUGAGUCUGAAUCUGACCCAGAGGAUAAGGACCUGCGUUGGAUACUGGAGCUGCUUCUCAACCAGGAGGCCGCAUCCCUUCUUAAUUUGCUGCUUGGUGUGGAGACCCAGACCUCAACUCAGAGCCAGGGGGAGCCAGAGGAGCUGAAGAACCACGUCAGCCAGAGACUACAGAGAGAACUCACCAGCUUCUUUAACAUCUUACUCCUCCGACUCGCACACACCACCGACAGGCUAUGUUUGGCAUUAGCGGGCCCCUUCAAGAGCCAGCUGGCAGUCCGUUUGCUUCAGAGCCUGCGGGUGUCUGACGCCCCGCGUUUCUAUGGCCUUCCCAGCCUGGAGAGGACACUGCAGGGCAUGGUCAGCCUGACUGCCCAGCCUGGCUGGAGCUCCCACUGCUCUGACCUGGAGCCCAUCUUGCUCUGCUCCAAGUAUCUCAGUGGGCUAUUAGAGGUGAUCUCCUCGUUUUAUGUAGAGUGGGGAGGAAACUCCAUGUCUUUCAUGGGGAAAGGUGUGACCAAGAAUGCUGUCAUCUGCUUGCUUCACCUGUCCCAUGAGAUGAUGGUUGAGAACAAGGACAAGGACUUCAUAUCCCAGUGGUCUUUGGGGAACGAGGCAGCUGCUGAGGAGGCGAGUGCCUCUCAGCUCGGUUUGGCCUGGCUCAUCCCACUGUGGGUCGACCGUGAUCAAGAGGUGAGGUUUGCCAGUUUGGGUUUAGGCGCAGCUCUGUCCUCGGUGCCCAGCGGGUGCCAGGCUCUGUGUGCCAGCUGUCAGAACAUCAGCGGAGGUCUGUGGGGCACGUUGCUCAACAUCCUCCUGGAUCAGCAGGAGAGCAGCAUGGUCCGCAGAGAGGCUGCGUUUAUCCUUCAUAAUUUGCUGGUGAUGCCCAUGCCUGCCAACGCAGAGGAGGCCAAGGACUCCCACUGGCAGCACCCGUGUGUCCACGAUGAGGUGUCCGGUGUGUCUUUGGUGGGUCUCCCAGCGCUCCAGGCUCUGCUUUACCACUGUCAGUACUUCCAACACGUGGCUCUCUCUGCCUCCAAAUGUUACCAAGGCAGGUACACUUUCCACCUGCAGCCUCGUCUUUCUGCUACCAGUGGGCCCAGUCCUCAGGAAAGCAGUUCACUGGAUUCUGAGAAUUCUCUGUGGUUUUGGAGAUGCGACCCACCACCGCCCACUGUCGACUCCAGCAGACCUUCCAGCUCCCUCUCAACGUCUAGCACCAUGGUGAGAGGUUCAGGGCCACAUACCCCUAAGAGUCCCUCCCUGCUGAACAUCACGGACGAUACCCCUGCCAGCAGACUGACGGCUCAAGGUACAGCAGAGAGGAACAGAGAGCGUGUCUGUGUGCACACGUGCAUUCACGGCCAGAGUGACACGGACACCAGCGACUCGGUGACCUCCCAAGACUCCCGACAGGGCGAGCCCUCUGCCGCGGAGCCCGUCGUCAUGGUAACUCCCGACCUCAUGACGGCCCACUGUGGCCUGCUGACUAACCUGCUGGCCAUCCUGCCAGACUUCACCCUCGCUGCCAUCCGACACAACCAGCUCCUCCAGGCGCUGGCCAGUCUGGUGGAUAUUGGGCCCAUUGAGAAAUGUCUGACUGAGCUGAAGACACCCAACGUCCUACCAGGAGAGAGAGAAGACAUCAAGAUCCAGUUUGUCACCCUGCUUCGGUUCCUGUCCAGCUUUUGCAAACUGCUGCAGUCAUGCGUCAUGGUGAGCCAGGAGCUGAUUGGGCAGAUGGACUUCCUGAAACAGCUGUUGAGUGCUCUGGUGGCAGUGCUCAUGUUGGACAUCAGAGAAUUAGAUGCAGGUACCCGGGACGCGGUUUGUGUGUGCUGGGCAGACGUGUUUAUGCUCCUGGCUACUCUGGUGAGAAGGGACAGCUCAGCAGCGUACCCAUCUGUCUCUGCUGCGCUGGGGAGAUGCUGGCGGACAUUUGCAGGAACAUUAUCAGUGUGUGUGGACGAGAAGUUCGCAGACCCUCGUCUCCACACAGUGGCUCUGCAGUUCCUCAGUACAGUUUUCACAGAGGAGGCAAAGUGUCUGGGUGCAGAGGUCACAACCUCCAGCUCUAAACAUGCUGCUGCUUUGUCUGACAUUGUGAACGGUCCCUCAGCCGGCCAGCUGUGUGAGCUGUUGCUGCAGAGUUUUGAUAAGAGGACCCUUCAGGACCCUUUGAGGAAGCUGACAGCCAGAGCUCUGAUGACACUACUAGCCUGCAGUCCCACAGCUCAAAGCCACGCAGCCAAAGCUGGUCUAAUUGACAGCUGUGUGGAGCAAAUGAAGCAGACUCACUCCCAGCUCCACCUGGAGUCCGUCCGGCCCGGCAAAGCCUCCCACCGCAAAAAGGAAGAAGGCCAUUUAAAGGAAGUCAAGCUGACGGUGGAUAUCCUGCGGAGUGCUCUUUACCGCAACGAUGAAUGCAAAGUUGUAGCCACGGAUGCUCGCCUCACACUGGCACUCUAUGCUCUUUGGCCUUGGUUCUUAUUGGACGACCACACUAUGGAGGCGGUUCUGGAGCUCCUGUGUGUCUAUACAGCCAACUGCACCACAGCGUGCAGUUGUAUUUGUGGCGGUGGCCCCGCUGUCACACCAGGAUCUAAAGCCACCCCUGGUAGCUCUCUGAUGCACUCUGUCAUGAAGCUGGCCUCGGGGGUUGCCCCAGAUAACAGCCUUGUUCAGAAGCUAGCCUUCUGUCUGUUGGCUAACCUCGCCAUGUCCCGUGACUGCAGAGGCCUCCUACAAAAGAAUAAUUUCCUACAAGCCUUCCUGUCAGUGCCAAUACCCAAGGCGGGUGGUGUUAAGGCCACGUCCGCAGGCUGUGGAGGUGUCGGGAGCCUACUGGGCCUGUGGCUGAGGCUGCUGGUUAGCCUGUCAUCCACGGAGGACGGCCAGCAGAGUAUCCUUAGGGUGACCGGAGUCCUGGAGCUGCUGGCAGACCUGGCAUCGCAUCGGCGCCACGCACUCCUCACCCUUCACAACCUCUGCUUCUGCCCUGCCAACAAGCCACACAUCAUUGCCAACGACAAAGCCAUGAAGGUGCUGCUGUGCUGCUUGAACAGUAAAGUGAUGGAAACCCGCUCUAUGGGAGCGUCUUCACUUUGGGCGUUGCUCCAUAACAAUCAGAGGGCUAAGACCACUUUGAAGUGUCCCUCUGUUCGAUUGAGAAUCGAGGAGGCACGCACCAUCUCUAAGAAGGAUGCAGAGAACAAGCAGGAUCCUGUGAAUGCCUAUCUGUUGAAGUGCCUUGAAAACCUCUCCCAGCUGCUAAAUAACUGAUUGUAUUUAUAUUGUUUUGUAUCAUGUUCUAUCAAAUAUUAAUAAUUUUGAUAUUAAAGUGUCGAGUGGCAGAUUUCAGUGACUCUCGUCUGAUUUCACCGUAACAAAGUGUUCACAUUGGUAUACAAACAUACAAGGUGAUGGCUUCAGGAAGUAUUCCAGCUGUGGCUUUAAACACAGUUAUUGCGGUCGUGGUGGUGUUCUGCUGUUGUUCACAUCAUACCACCUUGGUUUAGUCGGUGAUAACCAACAGAACUCUGACCCAGUUUUUCACAGACACUGAAAACCAUGUGUUUACAGGAAACAGCAAGACUCUGAGUCUACAGCCGUGUCAGCAGCUCUGCUUUAAACUCAUCGCCAACAAAUUCUCGUAUGUCGAUGUUCAGCAGGUGUAACGUUUACUAUGUCUACCUA